AUGGCGAAGAAAGACACCAAACUGCGGCAAUCUAUCCCAGUGCACAAGCGAGUAGCGGUAGCAUUAUGGUGGCUAGCAACGGGCGACACAUACCGAUCUUCAGGACUACAAUUCGGUGUUGCUGAUGUGUCAUUUCGAUUUCUCGAUAUAAGUGCAGGCUAUCCUGGUAGCAUUCAUGAUGCGCGUGUUCUUCGUUUAAGCAAUCUGCACAGGGAAAUUGAACAAGGCAACUGGCUGAACAGGCCUACAAGACAAAUUUCUGGUUCCGAAAUUAGACCUUUGCUUGUUGGAGACUCAGCAUAUCCCUUAUCUGCCUACGGAAUCUUGAAAGGGCGGUGGAGUUGCCUUUACAAGGCAAUGGAAGAAAAGACAAGUAUAGUGGCCAUCACGAUCUUGGCAUGCUGUGUUCUUCACAAUAUUUGUAUCGAUGUGGGAGACCCUAGCCCCAUAGACAUAUUGGGAGAUGACGACAAUGACAUGGAUCAAAGUUUAAAUGGAGACGUAUCGCCAAUUGCAUCUGAUGUUAGAGACAAAAUUAUGGACUAUUUACCAGCUUAG